AUGAAGAAAAGGAGAGGACCUGUGCAACUUCCCAUUAUUGAUGUGUACAAUUUUAAGUUAACUGGAAGUGAGGACCCUACCAUCAAGCUUGGGGCUGUAUCUCAUAACAGAAAGAAGCACCUCUUCAGUGAUACUGAUACUGAUGCUAGAAAUGAUGAUAGCAAGACUGAAAUUAGUUGGCUAAGAGAAUCAAACAGAAAACCUAAGCCAAAACUUGUGGAUUAUAGCAGACAGAGAACUCGUAAAAAAAAUAUACAUUCUGAGAAGAGUACUCCACCUCAAGAAACCAAGAUGGAAAAGAGAAAAUCCAGAAAGACAGGCCAUUUUAAACAAAAGAUGGAGACGAAACAGGAUGUUGUUGCACAGCCCAAUAGAACCAGACAGCCACGACGAACUGCAGCUAGAAAAGCAAAUUACAAAGACCUGUCAAAUUCAGAGUCAGAAAGUGGAAAUGAAUCUGAUAUAUCCCUUCCAGCAGCUACAAAAAACUCUGCUAAGUUAAACCAAGGACAUGAGAAAAUGAUUUCUCUGAGAAAUGUGAACAAAUCCUGCAACAACAGUUUGAAGAACUCAAAGAAAAUUGCAACAAAAGAGCCAAAGUGCGAUAUUAUUAGCCGUCAUCGUUCUUUCCAUGAUAACAAAUGGGAGUCAUCUUGGAGGUCACAAUUAUCACCUACAUCAAUAGAGAAAGUGAGAUGUUCAAGUAAUUCACCUGAAGUGGAUUUUGCCAAAGAACAUUCUUCUGUUUUAAGCUCUCCAUCUCCUUCUUUGCAUAGUUUAACACCAGAAAAUAAAUACCCAGUAAAAUCUGCAGGAAUUACAGUCACUAGUCUGUGUAACCUGAAUGCAGGUAGUAAAAAAGCUCAGUACAGCUGGUCUGCUGAGGCCUCAAACAAGAAACUAAAUGAAGAUGAUAUGUAUUCACCACUGCUUAGUCCAGUGACAUUGCCUGCUCUCUCACCUCUAAAGAUGAAUAGAUUGGUUCUAAAUGGGAACGGUGAUGAAGACCUUGAUCUUGACAUGGCAAAGGAUAGUGAUGGAGACAACUUUGCUGAUAUUAGUACAGACAAGCAAUUGUCACCCACUGUUGCUAAUCCUGUUAAGAAAGACAUAAUGGAGAAAAAAACCCCAUCUUUAUCUUCUAGUCCUGUGUCAAGUAAAAGGAAAUCUUUGGCUGCAGCUGCUCUGAGUAACAUUCACACAUCAGGCCCUUCAGAGCGUAAUUCAAGUGCUUUGUUAAAACAUACUUAUGUAAGUGACAUACACAGUGACUAUGAGGAACUGGUGGAAGAUGAAGAAGAAGCAGAGGAAGAAGAAAAGGGAGGACUUGAAAAAGGCUUAAAACAACAACCAAGAAAAUUAUUUAAAGGAGAUUCAGAUAUAGUUUCAACUACAACUGGAAAUGAAUUCACUAUUAUGGAGAUAGAUGCUUGGGAAACCAGAAGUGAGAGCAUAGACACAGUUUACGAGAAGUUUAGUACAGAGUUAACUAGAAAAUUCCAGAACCGUUAUAAAAAAGUUGAUUACUUUACACAGCACUCACUGAAAUCUGUACAGCAGCAUCUGGCAUCAGUCAAUUCUAAGGUCCAUGAGUACACGAUAAAACAGCUGGACAAUUUUCAGAAAAGGAUCAUAGAAGAAUUAGAUAGCUUUGAAAAAGACAUGCAGUCUGUGAAGAAUAUGGAAAAAGAAUUAGCAAACUUCUGGAAGAAACAGUCCCAGGAUCUUACUGCAUACCAUCAAGCAGAAAAGAACAGGAUUUGGCAUCUGAAGUCUUCAUUUGAAACAAGCAUCUAUAACACUGAUGACUGCAAUGAAACAAUCUUUAAUUCUCAGGCACACAGAAUGAAAAAAGAUAUGAAAAAUGUUCAAGAGAAGCUUCUCAAGGAAAUGCAAGAAGAGGAACUGUUCAGAGUACGCAAGGGACUACAUAUGCUGUUUGUCUCUGAAACUACAAAAUUUUGAGAUAAGGCUCCUAACAGAAUGGCACCACUAAUAUUUCACUUCAAAGUCUAAAGGUGGAUGGCAGCUGUUAUUCAUUACAUCCAAUGAAGUAAUGCAACUUACAUAAACAACUAUAAGGGAAACUGUACUAUAUCAUCUCAGAAGUCAUAAAUCUUAUUACAUAACUCUUAACUGAACCAUCACCACUGUAGUCUUGUAUUACUCUAAAUGUAAAGCAUAAACACGUCUGACCAAUGCUAUAAUUAUUAUUUUUAAAAGUUUAACAUUACAUCUUAUUAUAAAAACAAAACACCUUUAAAUGUGACAUGCUUAAAUAAAAAUGCAGUACUUAUAAACAAUAAAGCAAGUAUUGACAUUACAUUUUGUUAUUAUAAAUACAAAACACCUUUAUAUCUGACACGCUUAUGCAGUAUUUGUAAACAAUAAAGCAAGUAAAGCUAA